AAAGGGAUAAUACUUGUUGUAAUCCCUACGUGUCCAUUCAUUCACUUAUAUGAUGCAGUAACAAUAAUAACAGCCCAAAUUGUACAAAUGGGUUCAAACAGAAUAUAAAUUGUAAAUGGACUAUUACUAUUUAAUCAACCGGCCCAUUAGUUUGUUAUUAUUCCUUCUACAGUUUUGAACUUAUCUUCCCGCUCCAGCACAUGCCUCUGCCUUAGUUAGGGUCAUAACAAAAAUAGCCAUCACGGUUUUACUUAUUCCAUAAUUAUUUGCAUAUCAUUCCAUUGUUUCUUUUCAUUUUCCCUCACACUUUCAUCAAAGUAUUUGACUAUUUGUUAUUUACAUGUCAUAUUUUAAACUGGAUUUUAUGUUAUUAAUCUGAUUUCAUUGUAAUAGGUCGCAGACACAGAGCAUGAGCUAUAGAUGUAUAUAUUGAUUGAGAAUCGACAGAAAGGGUUAAUUUUUGAGUCUAAGCCACAACUCCAUUACUGAACUUGUCUCUUAUUAUUCUAUGUUUUGGAGAGUUUAUUUGUAUGAAUGUUUUAUGUCAUAGUCCCAAGUUGUAAAAGAGUCCUGAUUACGUACCUGUUCAGACUGCUGCUAAUUGAUUACUUGAAGCUGAUAUUGAUAAAGAAUUGAAGACCAAGUGUUCCUACUUUAAAGAUAAAAUGGAGUUAAUGACUCAUUCUUCACCCUUUUUCCUCCCAAACACUCCUGCUGAUGAGGGCCAUGCACUAACUUAUGCUCUCGUCAUCCUCAACCAACGCCUCCCACGAUUCACUCCUCUACUCUGGAACACAGCUACAUAUUUGCGCUGAUGGUGGAGCGAAUAGAGUGUUUGAUGAAUUGCCUCACUUCUUUCCUCAUGAGGACGUCUCUGAUGUUCGUAAGAGGUACAAACCAGAUGUCAUAAAAGGGGACAUGGACUCGAUCCGAGAUGAAGUUCGAGACUUCUAUUCUGGCCUUGGAUCAAGAAUUGAUGAUGAAUCUCAUGAUCAGAACACCACAGAUUUGCAUAAAUGUAUUGCUUAUAUUCAUGACUUGCCCGACCUGAAAACCCCAAAUUUGUUCAUACUCGUUGUUGGAGCACUUGGCGGGAGAUUUGACCAUGAGAUGGGUAACAUUAAUGUUCUCUGCCGGUUUGCGAAUACACGAAUUGUUCUUCUGUCUGAUGAUUGCCUCAUCCAGCUUCUUCCAAAUACACACCAUCACGAGAUUCAUAUCAAUCCCUCCGUUGAAGGCCCACAUUGUGGUCUCAUUCCCAUUAAAAUGCCUUCUGCGAGCACGACAACCACAGGGCUUAAAUGGAAUCUCGCUAAUAGUGAAAUGAGAUUUGGGGGUUUAGUCAGCACGUCAAAUAUUGUCAAAGAAUCCGUCGUCACUGUCCAGUCUGAAUCUGAUCUGCUGUGGACAAUCUCUAUUAAACAAGAUAUGAACAUUCAAUGAGCUUUUGCUGUGCAUAGCACAAAUCACUUUGGCUUCAAUACUAGAUAAAGAUGUUAAUGCUGUGUUUUCCUAUUGUGGGGUUGUCCUUUCCACAUUGGAUUGUUUGUUUUUCCCAUAAAUCCAGAAUUUUGGUAUGUUGGAGCAUUUCAGUUUUAUAAUUUCUGAAAAUUGAGCAUUUGGCAUGCCUUGGAGACCCCCCCCCCCCCCCCCCCCCCGGAACUGCCCACAUGGAAGACUGAUGAUGCGUGUGUGGAACUGGUGUGUAUUGAUUCAGGAAAGUGCAACAAAUGCUGGCAUGUAAACUUAGCCACCACGACCAUUCGUCUGCAACGUUCAGUGGAAGGGGUGAAAUUUUGUAAAAGGACCUAUCAAUUAUUAUGGUGCAUAUUGCAUAAUAUGAAGAGUGUCUUCUGUUAAUAUAAGUAGUAUGUUAUAUGUCCUAUUUUUGACCAAGUUUUGUGCUAUGUUAGAACUGAGAAGAGCUUUGGGGAUCGUGAGUUGCUUGUUAGACACAAGGUUAUGUGUGAUUCUGUUGUAAUCUCUAUCCAAUUUUUUAUUUAAUGUUGAAUUAACAAUUCUCGCGACCAAAUUCCCGUCACUGCUAUUAUGCUACAGAGUACAAUCUAACCUGAUAUAGCAUGCAGUGCCAGUUCCACAUUAAUGUCAAACUGAUUCUCGUUAUGCGCAAAGAUUUAUUUAUUAAAUGUAAU